AUGCCACCUUUCGGCUUGAAACCCUGUUUAUUCAUGUGCAGCUCACCAUCAUCGAGAACAACAACAACAACAAGGCCCACAGGCAUCCAUUGCAGCGACCAAGCAUCAUCACGAUUGGUAUCUACGCAACAUGUCAACGCACAACAACAAAGCGACACCACUACUACGCCUAUCAACCAGAAACUUCAUAUACGCUUGGUACCCCACGUCAAUCACGAUAUGCCUUGCCACGUCUUUCCUGUGAUGGAACGAGAUCUAUCAAAUGGCACUGUAUUGAAAUUGGGAAGAUACAAUGAUGCUCGUACUGCUGGUCACCAUCUAUCAUUCAAAAGCAAAGUAGUCAGUCGCCACCAUGCCAAGAUGUGGUGCGAAAAUGGCAAGUUGUUUCUAUGUGAUACAGGAUCGUCAUCAGGCACAUUUGUGAAUCAUAUCCGAUUGCGAUGCACACAACAACAGGUGCAAGACGGGGAUCUUAUUCAGCUGGGAAUGGAUUACGAAGGUGGUCACGAGGCGCAUUAUCGAGCUGUGAGGAUACGAAUAUCGGUGCGCCCUGCUGCUGAGCAUCACAAUAACAAGCAGGCGUUGACGCUCAGCCCCACAGCCCAAAAGCAAUUCCAAUCCGCAUUUGGUGGACAAGAAUGUUGUAUUUGCCUUGAUGGGUUACAUCCCACACAAGCUCUUUUUGUGUCCCCAUGUUUCCAUGUUUAUCACUACGAUUGCCUUCGUCCUUUAUUGGAUCAGCACUUUCCCGCAUUUGCUUGUCCAUUAUGCCGAUCCUAUGCUGACUUGGGUGCACGUCCCAUUUCCGCCACUUCUACUUCCUCCGCAACAUCAGCUUCUUCAUCAUUCAGCUAUUCUGGUGAACCACUACGUGCAGCAGAUCGCUCAUCGCUUUACCGUCACAGCCGUACAUCUCAUCCAAAUCACGUAGUCAAUAGCAACAAUAGCCGCUCACCAUCAACCAUGUCACCUUUGAGACCACCAACUCUAUUCAAACGUGUCUCCGGAAGCCUACGUUCCAUUAUUGCUUGA